CCUCCUAGUCAGAUUUGUUUCUGCUGCGCCACGACAGGAACUCCAGAUGUGAGUAUUUAGAUGACUACCACACAUACCCCACACCAAGUAUUCCUUAACCCUGUUCUCAGGUCAGCAUAUCUAAGUGCUACCUCUGGUUUCAUGUUUUAGGAACACAGAAAUUUUUACCUAGAUUAAAACAGAACUGAGGUUCUGGUCUUCCUCCAUCAUUACUUUCUUACUAUAAACUGUCAAAUCAAACCUUGCCUUUGGAAGAAGAAAGAGUGAAGGAUCCAAAAGGCUUAAGAAUUUUACCAAAGGAAGACAGUAUAGGAGCUAAGUGUUCAGAACAGAACUAUCAUUAAAUGUCUGUGCGCCAGUUUCACUGUCGUCACAAUUUUUCUUCAGGUCAAUUCUGAGCACAGAGCAAGGGACCAGAUAUAUUUUGUCUGUGCUGUGAGCAUGAGAUGUACUUGAGGCAGCGGGAAGCAGCAAGAUUGAGAACUAAACUAGUUCCCUUUAGACCGAGAUAUCUGUGUCCAGAGAGGAUAAAACAAAGAAGAUUUAAUAAGUAUGACUUUAAUGAGGCGCUUUGGGGAAUCCACCCUAGGGACACCCAGACGUGGCAACUAUUGCUACCCUGAUCCCCAUGAAAGCCCCAGUCUCCAGAGAAGGGAGGUCUACACAUUUCCUCCAAAUCAUUCAAGACAGACCCAGAAAGGCACAGUGUCUGAAUCUCAGUGUUCUCCUCCAGUGAGAAAAGCUUCCUCAAGCCUCGGUGCUAGCUGUGACCUUCCCAUCAUCCAAGGUCACGCAAGGAGCCAGUGGAGAUGGGGGUUCCAUGACAGCAUCUCCCAGCAGAGAGCAGCCAGGUAAGAAGAGCUGGGAAAGCAGGUGAGGGCAUGGUUGCCUCCAACAACGGACAGAUUCACACGGACACAAACACAUACUAAAUCCUGCUGCAUCUCACCCAGUUCAAAGGGCAAACAUCUCUUGGUUUGACAUAGCCAAGCCCCUCCCCUUUCCGGACGUGCUGCCCACUGCAGGACAGAGCAAGCAUGUCUCCAAGCUGGAGACAGAAGAGGAAGCAGUGGGAAAGGAAGGGGCUGACGAAGGGUGGUGGUGCCAGGAUCAGUGACUGCAGGCUCCUAGAAAUCCUGGCCAGAAGCCCAGAGCCCAGAGCCACCCUCCCUGGCCCCCAAAAGAGCCUCAUUCUUUUGUGUCAGACAUUCAAGACCCUCCUAUUCUUCCCUUAAUCGCCACACCUUUUUGCCAGGUGCUUCGCUGUGUUCAUUCACUGUGGUCUGGGACCACUUAACAGAGGUGUCCCACAGGGAGGCUGCUCAGAUGGCACACGGAGCCCCAGCGAGGGGAGUCAGCAUGGGGUGGGGUCCAGGCACUAAGCACCCUCAGGGCAAAGGUCCAGGAACACAAGCAGUCAAUGCUGCAGGUAUGUCAGAUGUCUCAGAGACGGUCACGUACUAAAGAGACGCACAAGAGAUCCAUGCUUGAAGCCAGGUAUCCGCACGUUCAUCUCAUAAAAUAAACACGAUUCCAAGGGGACUGGAAGAGCAGUCUCCCCCUGUAAGGAAGCAGCAUGGGAAGCGGCAUCAACACUUAGAGGUGGGUGGUGACUAGCCAAUCAGAGUAAUGGGAAUGACGUGCAUGACAGAGGUCGCUGGUUUCCUUGGGACUCUCAACCCUGGGGGUUUACCCAUGAAGUUACAUCAUUUUUUCCUGUAACUGACCCUCCCAGUCUGUUCGUUCUCCUGAUACAGACUCUCUGACGAGGGGCUGUGGGAUACUCUGAGCUUUGGUCCUCCACAGUUGGCCUUAGCAGCAAUGCACAGACAUCUAAAGAGAUAUCCCACUUGUCAUGCUGUUUCAGCUUUUCCUCAUUUCCACUCCAGGGAACCACCUCUCUUUAGAACCGGAAUAAUCACAUCUGCCUGGACAGCUGCUCUCGUGUUGGUCUUGAUGACAAACCUCCCUCAUCGUCAGCUUCUACAUUAAGCGUCUCCUUCUGGAGCAUCUUCUAGCUUCUGUCGACUAGCACUCUACCUACCUUUGUUCUUGGAAAUGGUCCUGGGGUGGGGGGGGGGGACGAUGUCAAAUCUCAGCACUUUCCCCUGAAUUUUACUAAGUUAAAUCUCCCAGUGACUGACGCACAAAUACCUGCCUUCAUCUUAUGAAAAUGCUACAACCAACCUCCUAGACAUACCCCCUGCCCCACCCACUCAGGCCACUUCACAGAGCAGGUGCCUGCCUCUCUCUCGUCCCUUUUCCUCAGCCCUUUAGUCUCACCAGGGAUGCUCCUCCUCUCCUUUACUACCAGGUACCAUACAUUAUUCCAGGAGCAUCGUGUUCACAUGGCUUUACCUGACUGACCUCCCCCCCGCCGGCCCCCCACUGCCUGCCUAGACUGAUUUCUUAGUCCUGGGGUUAUCUGCUGGGUGUACCACCUGAAUUUGUUCCUUAGCCUUCACGAGAUCCCUGUGUCCAACAGCAGAACAUAAUCCCGAUGUUUUGCCUGACUGUCUUUCUUUUUCUGACCGGCAGAAAGCAAAAAAAUGCUUCACAGGGAAACCUGAACAGCACGCUCAGGUCAGCCCUCCCAAUAGCGGUCACCUAUGGUGAGAGGACAACUACACAGUGGACACGAGGUCAUUACAAUGUUGAGGACGAACCGCCAAGAAGGUCUUGCAAAACCCACAGGGUUUACACAUUCUGGGAAAAUAUAAAUGCCCAAGAAAAUUCACAGGUACGUUAAUUCAGCACUUAACACAGAGCCUGCCACUUGGUUAAUACGUUGUAAAUUAAUAACUACCAGCGAGUCAAAAAAGAGUGUACAGACAAAAGCAUUUUAUCUGGUUUGGAUAUCUAACUUUGACUGGUCUGUGACUUGGAAACAUCACUGAUUUAUCCUGAGCCCGAGGUCCUUCAUCUGCAAAGUGAAAUACAACAAACACCUCAAAUUACUGGACCAAGUUAAAUACCAUACACAAAAGUACCUACAAAUGCGACCCAGCAAACGAGACUAGAAUAAACAAAACUAUAGCCUCUGGUCAUCAAACUCUGUUGAAAUUAACAUGGCCUUUUCUCUACAAAGACUCCAUAAGAUGUUUCAGUUGCAGGUAAUUCUCAACCAAAUGAGAAUAAACCGUACCAGGAUAUGAAAUGGGCUCCCCUGUUUGCAUAUGAUCCUACUACCGUGCGAUGACAUUUUCUCUCUCUCCCCUGCAGACAUGGGCAGAGACAACCAGACCAGGGUCACAGAAUUCCUUCUCCUGGGACUCUCUGGGCAGUCAGAGCAGGAGGAGGUGCUCUCCGGGCUCUUCCUGUGCAUGUACCUGAUCACCAUCAUCGGCAACCUUCUCAUCGUCCUGGCCAUUGGCUGUGACAGGCAUCUCCACACGCCCAUGUACUUCUUCCUGGCCAACCUCUCCUGUGUGGACAUCUGCGUUUCAUCAGUCACGAUCCCCAAGAUGGUGGUGAAUCACAUCCUGGGAAGCCAGUCCAUCUCUUAUGCAGAAUGCAUGACCCAGAUCUACUUCUUCAUCACUUUCACCAACAUGGACGGGUUCCUCCUGAGUGUGAUGGCCUAUGACCGUUACAAUGCCAUCUGCUGCCCACUCCACUACACCAUGAUCAUGAGGCCCAAGCUCUGUGUCCUGCUGGUGGCUGCCUCUUGGGUCGUGACCAACCUGCAUGCUCUCCUACACACUCUUCUCAUGGGGACGCUCACGUUUUGUUCCAAUAACGCUGUCCAUCACUUUUUCUGUGAUCCCUAUACAGUUCUAAAGCUGUCUUGCUCUAAUACUUUCAUCAAUGACCUGAUGGUCCUCACUGAGGGUGGACUGAUAUUUAUGACACCAUUCACGUGCAUCAUUGUUUCAUAUGCCUUCAUCUUCUCUAAUGUGUUGAAGUUGCCAUCUGCUCACGGAGUAAGGAAAGCCCUGUCCACGUGUGGAUCCCACCUCACUGUGGUCUCCCUCUUCUAUGGGGCAAUCCUGGGGGUCUAUAUGCGCCCUUCAUCCUCCUACUCAGUACAAGACGUGGUGGCCACUGUCAUCUUCACUGCGGUGACUCCCCUGGUCAAUCCCUUCAUCUACAGCCUGAGAAAUCGUGACAUGAAGAGAGCUUUAAGGAAACUAAUAUCAGAUUCAAUAGUUUAAAAAUUUUAGAGCAGGGAGGACUCUUGGAUAGCAUACAUUUUUUUUUCAUUUUAAAAACAGAGACACUGAGUUCCUGUAGGUGUAAACGUACCCAUGACUAUUCCUCUAAUUAAAUGGUAUGUGAUUACAGUUGUGCUUUUCAACAUGAAGCUGGUAUGACAGAUGCUCAUAAUUCAUAUAACCAUUAAGUAGUCAUCUACAUAAAAGUGUGAUACGAAAACAUUCAUUUAGCAGGCCGCAAAAACUCAGGAGAAGACAUAAUUCGAUGGAUUUCCUGUUGCGGCUCAGUGGUAACAAACCCAACUAGGAUCCGUGGGGACUCGGGUUAGA